AUGAGCGGCGUGCACCGGUUCUUGAGUAGGAGAGAGAAGAAGCAACAGCCUAACACCAAGACUGAAAAGCAACCUGACCACUUCUACGGCGUAUUUACGUACGAAGAUGAUACUAAGAAGAAGCCAGAUAAGGAGCAAGAGCAGAAGGUUCAGAUCCUGCUCAACCGUUUACGGCGCAAUGGCAUCAAUACGAUGGUCGAGUCGAAUGCGGAGUACGCGCUGCGCUAUGCGAAUGGCGAGCCGGAGUCGGCCUUCAGAUUGCUAGUGCUGCUCCGGGACACUUACGAAGGCAUCGUAAAGCCUUAUGAUCCAAACACGAGGCUUCUUGGCGCUGUGAACCGGGAAGGGGUGACAUGCUACCUCGACGCGCUACUCUUUGCCAUGUUUGCGCGGCUCGAUAGCUUCGAAGCCAUGCUAUACGACAGCUUCGAAGAUUUUCCGCGUAGGAAGCUCGCUGGUAUCAUUCGGCUAUGGGUCAACAUGUUGAGAACAGGUCGCUUGAUCACGGCGGAUGUCACUGCGACAUUACAGUCGGCUUUGGUGGGCUGUGGAUGGCAAGAUGCGGCCAAGCUUAAGCAGCAGGACCCGUCAGAAGGCUUCACAUUCAUCACAGACCAACUGCAGCUGCCUUUGCUGACGCUCAAAAUGGAUCUGUACCACACCGGAAAAGAAGACGUUCAAGACGAUCACAAAUUUGUUAACGAGCGGUUACUAGAGGUCGCAAUACUGGACGAACCGCCGGAAGGCACCAGUGUCAUUACGCUUGAGGCUUGCCUAGAACACUAUUUCAACAGCAGGAUUGAGGUCAAGCGCCAUCUCGAGAACAGGCGCAGAAAUACGCUGAAAUCGAUGAGCUCCACAGAAACGGCGUCCAAAGUCGAGAAGGAGCCAGCAACACACGUUGAGGUCGUGGAGGUAAUCGAUACGCCGGUGCAGAGCCCUAUGGUGGAGACGCCUUCUCAGAGCAAAGAUCCAAAUGCGAGCAAAGACCCUUUCGAGCGACUACGGCCCACUGCUGGUCGAAAACGGGCUGAUAGCAUCUUCAGUCAGCGGAAGGUGGAGCUGUCAGGUAUCGAUCCAGAAGCGCUGAAAGCUCAUGCCGAGAACACGACGCACGACGGGUUAGGUCGGAAGAUGAGCACUCGAACGGAGGUACUCAUGCCUGCUUGGCAGUUCUUCAAGCUGUUGCCAUGGUAUACCGAUCAUCUCCCCACAUCGGAUGCGCAAGUUGCUGCGCACUUCUCCAAGAAGCGGCCAGUCUUGGGCAUAUGCUUGAAACGAUAUUCUUUCAGCGACUCUGGCCAGGCGCAACGGCGAGACACAUAUGUCGACAUUCCGCUUGAGAUUGGCGUUCCGGACUUUGUCAGUGAUGACCACAUGCACGAGGAAGGUCCAAUGGUCGGUAACUUCCGCUUGAUGUUGCAAUCUGUGGUUUGCCAUCGUGGAGUGUCCGUUAAUAGCGGUCAUUAUAUCACGCUGUGCCGCGGUAAGGCACCGAAUGCCGCGGAAAAUGCUCAGCACACCAACGCAAGCAGCAGACGUGGCAGCAUGGACAGCGAAGAUGCCGAAGACCCUUGGAUGCGCUUUGAUGAUCUCGCGAGAGAACGGGUCAGCUACGUCGACAUUCACAAGGUGUUGAGGGAAGAGACACCAUACAUGCUCUUCUAUCAAGUCAUUCCCAUUGGCGAAGAUGGACGCUCUAUACAUGACCUGCCGACGUACGCAGAAGCGACAUCGAGAACGCAGUCAGACGUCGCGCUACCGCCAGAGAAGCCGAACCCUGCUUUGCCCACCGCCGCUUCGGAGAGUGCGCUUGAGCAAAGCCAUUCUAUUUCACCACUCAGUUCUCAUGGCAUGCGGAUCACCUCUGAAGCUGCCGACUUCGCAGCGAGUUCCGAGCGAACAAGCCUCGACGCCGGUACUAUGCUUGACGCUUCACGAGGCAGGUCCAGCAUGAGCGAAGAUCGCCGGAUGAGCAUCGCCUUCGACGAAUCCAGUCUCGUUGGAAGCACGUCGGGCGGGAGUGUACGCACGGAUCCGACGAACGGCUCCGUACCCACCACGCCGGCAGAGGAGAAGAGCGGUGGGUUCCUAUCUGUCGCGAGCAAAAUAGGUUCAAGAAGAGGCAGCAAGGUCUCAAAGAGCAGUGCCACUUCGCGCAGUCGGCCGACAAGCGUUGGACCGGACAACAACGGUAGCCGCUUCAGCCUCAAUAUGUCUAAACUCACUCAGCGGGUUAGCAGAGGCGAGGCGCCAGUCAUCCAACCCUCGGAGGCGGUGGCAGCCGAGCUCAUUGGGCAAGUCGACGCGACACAGGAGAAGGCGCCGAUCGUCAGUGCGAUUGUGCUGCCGGAGAAUGGGAGCAAGGAGAGCGUGAUUACGGCGAAAGCUGUGCCGAGGCCGAAGAAGGAGAAGGCCGCUGCGCGGCACGAGAAAAGGAAGAGUAAGGGUCAUGGGGAUGAUCGGGACUGUGUUGUGAUGUGA